AUGGCAGCAAUAGUAACGGGUCUCAUCCCAAUCCUGAGAACAGCAGUGGAUACCACCGCCACCUACAAGUGCCGCUCCCUGUGGUUCGGCCUGCUGUGCGUCCGACUUGUGGUCCUCUUCUUUGCUGAGCUGCCCUUCAGCAAACUGGAUGCUGACUUCACCUGUAAUAUCAGCACCCCCGGCAGCAGCACCCCUGAUGUCUGCACAAAAUUCUGUUUUAAUGAACGAUUCGACAAGCCUAUGAUAGUGGCUUGGAACUUCAUGUUUGUCAUGGUUGUCAUCUCUGUCCUGCUCAUGGAGUUGUUCACCUCCCACCUCCGCACAAUGGCCCAGAAGAGGAGCUUCAGGAUGAAGGCGGAUGAGAAGCCGGAGGCUCAGGGGACAGAGGAAGCUCAGACGGUGGCGACUGCGGGCGGCAGGGGCAAGAUGAUCAUAGAUCUCCACAAAGACAGGGGCACCGUAGGCUUCUACCUGCUCAGCAUAGCUCUGCGGAUUCUGGUUGAAGCCUGCUUUUUAUUUUUGCUGCUUUAUUGGAACCCGCACGCGCUCCGUGAUGAACACACGUGUACAAAAGAAGGCUGCAAAUAUGUUUGCAUUUUGAGGGCCGCCCCGGAGAAGCGCAUGUCUAUUUAUGCUUUAGCUUCCAUCUCAGACAUAAUCAUUGCUUGCUCAGUUUUGUUUUGUGUUUACUCUAUUGUCCACUACCUCUGCAACGCUUAA